CUGGCGCGCUCUCUCUUCCACACGUCGCUCGCGUGAUCGUCAGUGCUACAUACUGCGCCUGCGCAGGGGCUAAGGCCUUUUCCCCCCCGCCGAGCGCUGCUGGGCCUCCUGGUCUGUGGCGAGCCGCGGACGCCGGUCUCUGUUCCGCAGGAUGGGGUUUGUUAAGGUCGUCAAGAAUAAGGCUUACUUCAAGAGGUACCAAGUGAAAUUUAGAAGAAGACGAGAGGGUAAAACGGAUUAUUAUGCCCGAAAACGCUUGGUGAUUCAAGAUAAAAAUAAGUACAACACACCUAAAUACCGGAUGAUAGUUCGUGUAACCAACAGAGAUAUCAUUUGUCAGAUUGCUUAUGCCCGCAUAGAAGGAGAUAUGAUAGUUUGUGCAGCUUAUGCUCAUGAACUCCCAAAGUAUGGUGUGAAGGUUGGCCUGACAAAUUAUGCUGCAGCAUAUUGUACUGGCCUGCUGCUGGCCCGCAGGCUCCUCAAUAGGUUUGGCAUGGACAAGAUCUAUGAAGGCCAAGUGGAAGUGACUGGAGAUGAAUACAAUGUGGAAAGCAUUGAUGGUCAACCUGGUGCCUUCACCUGCUAUUUGGAUGCAGGGCUUGCCAGAACUACUACUGGAAAUAAAGUUUUUGGGGCCCUCAAGGGAGCAGUGGAUGGAGGCUUGUCUAUCCCUCACAGUACCAAACGAUUCCCUGGUUAUGAUUCAGAAAGUAAGGAAUUCAAUGCAGAAGUACAUCGAAAGCACAUCAUGGGUCAGAAUGUUGCAGAUUAUAUGCGUUACCUAAUGGAAGAAGAUGAAGAUGCUUACAAGAAACAAUUCUCUCAAUACAUAAAGAACAACGUAACUCCAGACAUGGAGGAGAUGUAUAAGAAAGCUCAUGCUGCUAUACGAGAGAAUCCAGUCUAUGAGAAGAAGCCUAAGAAAGAAGUUAAGAAGAAGAGGUGGAACCGUCCCAAAAUGUCUCUUGCUCAAAAGAAAGAUCGGGUAGCUCAGAAGAAGGCAAGCUUCCUUAGAGCUCAGGAGCGGGCUGCUGAGAGCUAAUAAACCAAACAACAAUUUUCUAUGAAGAUUUUUCAGAUAAAGACCGUAAUAAACUUAUUCAUCAAUCUGC